CGUGUUCGUGGUUCAGCACUGGUCGCAGAAGCUGCGAUUUGUGUACUUUUCUUUGGGAAUCGUCUGAUCCAGGCAUCGACCGCUUUCCCCGUGCAAUAAUUGAUUGCGGCACCGCGUUUGCGACUCAAAUUCUAUUGGCCCACCGCUUUUCAUCAUCCACCAACCUUGCUUUGCGCCGUGCUUUUAUUUCUGAGCAACAACUUCCAACACCAAAUCCCACCUCCGUACUACUUUCCUUACUUACAACCCGCAUCACCGACAAAAUGGCAGAGAACGGACCCCCGACCGGCGCUCAGCUGCCCCCACCGCCGCAGCCGAAUGCCGGCGCCCCUGGCUUCGAGAACAGCCAGAAUGGCCAAUCGAACCCUGCGCAUAUGCCUCCGCCGCCUCUGCACAUCCCGCAGAACACGAACCCUAUCCCGACCGCCAUCACCUCUCCCUUGUCCGGCGACCAGAGUGGCUUGAUGUCGCCGAGCAGUGGUGGUCCUUUCCCGCGCCGCAUGGCCCCCGAACCUAAUAAGCGGGCGCUUUAUGUUGGUGGGCUUGACCCCCGGGUGACAGAGGAUGUUUUGCGUCAGAUCUUCGAGACUACCGGUCACGUACAGAACGUCAAGAUCAUUCCUGACAAGAACCAAAAGGGAUACAACUAUGGUUUCAUUGAGUACGAUGAUCCUGGUUCCGCUGAACGGGCUUUGCAGACCUUGAAUGGCCGGCGCGUUCACCAAUCAGAAAUCCGUGUGAACUGGGCCUAUCAGUCCAACACAACGAGUAAGGAGGAUACAUCUGGCCAUUUUCAUAUCUUUGUUGGAGAUUUGUCAAACGAGGUCAAUGACGAAGUGCUCCUCCAAGCCUUUUCUGCCUUUGGUACCAUCUCUGAGGCACGCGUCAUGUGGGACAUGAAGACUGGACGUUCGCGGGGCUACGGAUUCGUUGCCUUCCGUGACCGAGCCGAUGCUGAGAAGGCUUUGAGUUCCAUGGAUGGAGAGUGGCUCGGGUCUCGUGCCAUCCGUUGCAACUGGGCAAACCAGAAGGGGCAGCCUUCGAUUGCCCAGCAGCAGGCGAUGGUCGCCAUGGGCAUGACCCCUACAACUCCUUAUGGACACCACCACUUCCCCACGCACGGCAUUCAGAGCUACGAUAUGAUUGUCGGCCAGACGCCUGCAUGGCAAACCACUUGCUACGUCGGAAAUCUGACACCUUACACGACCCAGAACGAUCUCGUCCCCCUAUUCUCGAACUUCGGCUACGUGCAAGAGUCAAGGAUGCAAGCGGACCGAGGUUUUGCCUUCAUCAAGAUGGAUUCUCACGAAAAUGCUGCCAUGGCCAUCUGCCAGCUCAACGGCUAUCAGGUCAAUGGCCGGCCCUUGAAGUGCAGUUGGGGCAAGGACAAGACUCCGACCUCAGCGACUCCUGGUGGCUUUGAUCCAUCUCAGCAGGCUUAUAGCCCUCAGAGCGCUCACGCACCUUCGGGCUAUCCCGGCACCCCUUCCACCUACUUCCCCCAGUAUGGUGGUCAAUACGGUACCCCUGUUGCACAGCAACAACCUUAUGCUGGCGCACCCGCCCAGUCUCCUGCAGCCUACAACCCUCAGCAGAUGGGCUAUGCUGGUCCGCCCAGUGCCGGAGGCUACGGCCGUGGUCAACAAGCACCAAACCAGCAGUGGACCUCGCCUCCUCCUGGCCAAAACUUCAACAACGGAUACCCUGGUUACCAAGGUUAGGAAGUUGGUGAUGUUUGAGUUUACUCUUCGUUCGCUUCUUGGUGCAUUCCACUUUGAGAAAUAAGGAUUUGGAUGUAGGAAAAGGCCAGAGAUAUGAUGUUCAAUGUGCCAACGACAUCCUCGACAAUUUCUGACGACUCGCAAAAUGCAUUGUGCAAAGGCUAAAUGUGAUGGAAUCGGGUAAAGACUGUGGAAAUCUCUUUUUCUAGCUUCGUAUUUCAUCUUUGAUUUCGUAUCUCUCUAUCUCCUUCUCGGCAGCGUUGCUUUUGACCUGAACCCUGAGAAAGAAAAAGUUGGGCCUGUCUAUCGUUCUUCCUAUCUGAUACCUCUCAGCAUGUGUGGGACACAGCUGACACGAUGUUACGUCAAAAUCUUUCCUCUCUGAUCU